CAAUCACCUAACAACAACGCGUGUUCCCCUGAGACCCGCCCAUGGAUGAGGAAGACACGCUCACUCGCGCCAUUACUCUUGUUGAAGCAGUUUUUAAUCAAGUGUCUAGCGAGUUUGCCAUCUGGAAGGCCGAUCACGCUGCUCGCAUACUCAGGAAUGUGGCAUCCGACGAUCCCUCCGUUGCGAGGACGGUCGGAGCCAGCAUGAGUGCUCGCAUGCCAAGUACUACCACUCUCAGCAUUGCCGAGCCCUCGGCACUGGCUGUUUGGGACUUUGAAGGCGACGGAGACACACUCGAUACCACUCCGGAAUACGUCGGGGUCAAGGUCAUCCACGCGGAUGCCUCUUUCUCUCCGGUGCCUGUCUACGAAUACUGCACUCCUUCUCUACGGAAUGUCAAAGUCGGCGACGAUUCCUCCUCCAUGCCUUUCUUACCCUUUCCGAACGACCCGCGCUUCGACUUGGCUGAUUACGUGGAACUACAUAAACAAUGUAGCUGGGAUACAGACGCUCGGCAGGCUUCAGACGAUACCGAUCUACAGGUGAUAGUAGUGGAAGCUGCGCGCAGACUCCAUACGCAGCAUGGGAUGCUCUACCGCCAUAUCGACGAGACUGAUGCCCUUCCCAUCCCUCUUUUGGAUCACGACGGAGUCAGAGGAAUGAUCGAAAGCAGUCGCCGGCGUGACUUUCCUCCAUGGCCAAAAACCGUUCCUCCCACUCAGAAAUUCCUUCGGGACGACGACACUCUCAGCCCCGAUACUUCACCCAGUCAGAUACUCAACCAGUUGAUUACGAAUUUCUGCGGAAACCUCAAUUGCGUGAUACCGUUCUGCACCACGCACUUGGAGCCUCAGACGAUGCCUCUGCGAGUAGAAUCUUCGGUCAAGAGCUCACGCAUGAGAGCGCUUGCCCUCAGAACGAAAACGCCCUGUGACGAUGAGUGCUUCUUGCUCAGAGAGCUUGAUGCUACAUGUCCGCCUGUUUCGUGGAGCAAAGUCGACCUUGACCUUCUGGAAACGUUGCUCGAGCUAACUCCUGAUAUGCUCCCUUGUCGGCUCGCGGAAGUGAUCAAGAGACCCUGCUUUGAGAUUUACAAACUCCGAGCAACGAUGCUGCCUGAAGAUUCGGAAGAACAACAAAGGCGGAAACGAGCCCCCAGCAGACCCCAGAAAACACUCAGAUUCCGAGGUUUGAAUCGUUCCUUGCGAGCCCUGUCUGUACUGAUGAUUCCCAGAUCUCGACCGAAAUGGCUUCUCUCCAUUUCUACACAGGCCUCCGUCGUUGGCGUGGCUGUACGUGCGCCUCGAAAAGCAAGCGAUGCUCGACGAAAACCUGCGCAUGCCGAUUGGCAUAUCGAGAAUGCGAUCCGGAACUCUGCCUCCGCUGCAAGGCACGGUUCAGACGAUUUGGCUGGCCUGUGCUGCAAUUCCGGUAUCCAGCGUGGGCGUUGGAAACUCACCAAGGUCGCACCAGCUACAUACGGGCUAGGCCUCUUUGUCCAAGAACAUGUGUCCAAAGACGAGUUGAUCAUUGGUAAUAUCUCGGCGAACUCAUCUUCGAGGCUACUGUCGAAUCUCGGGGGCAACCUCAUUGCGUCCCAUCGAGAUCGAAGUUAUGCUUUCGAUCUGAACGAGACCAUGCGUGUGGACGGAACGUACUUGGGGAACGACUCUCGGUUCAUCAACCACGACGACGGAGAGCAUGUCAACUGUUGUGCUAAAGUUCUUCUAGUAAACGGGGAACAUCGCAUCGGUUUUUUCGCCACUCGAGAGAUUAAUCCAGGCGAGGAAAUUCUAUUUUCCUACGGCAAGAAAUUCUUCAAGUAA